AUCGACGUCGACUGUCUGGCUAUCCCGACCGCCUUGAUCGAGACCAUACUCCCAUCAUGCCUCCACUCAAGAGCUGGCUCGAGAUUGACCCCAAGAGCCACUUCUCCAUCCACAACAUCCCCUUGGGCAUCAUCUCGACAGCAUCCUCACCCCAACCACGACCCGCCGCAGCCAUUGGCGACUAUGCUCUGGACCUACAAGCUUUCGCAGCAGGCAAUGGCUUCUCCAAACUGUCCAUCAUCCAGCCUCACCAAGCCGUCUUCUCGCAACAAACCUUGAACGACUUCGCAGCCCUGGGCAGGCCAAUCCAUCGAGUCUUCAGAGAGUACAUCCAAAGCAUCCUCCUCGAGAACGGACCAUUCCCAGAUGUCCUCCAACAGAACCAAGACCUACAAAAAAGCGCCCUCAUACCUCUCUCACAAUGCAAACUACACCUCCCCAUGCAAAUCGGCGACUACACAGACUUCUACGCCGGUCUCAACCACGCCUACAACGCCGGCUGCCUCUUCCGCACCCCCUCCACCGCUCUGCAACCCAAUUACAAGCAUCUUCCCGUCGGCUACCACGGCCGUGCAUCAUCCAUCGUCGUCUCCGGCACUCCUAUUCGUCGUCCGAACGGGCAGAUCCUCCUCGACCCAACCGCGGAACCGAAACAACCUGUUCUCUCCCCGUCGCGGAAAUUGGACAUUGAACUUGAGCUGGGAUGUUUCGUAUGCACGCCGAACGAACAGGGCGUACCGGUUAGCAUUGAAGAGGCGGAAGAGAGACUAUUUGGAGUGGUGCUGUUGAAUGAUUGGAGCGCGAGGGAUAUUCAGGCGUGGGAAUAUGUCCCUCUUGGGCCGUUUUUGGCAAAGUCUUUUGCGACGACGAUUAGUCCCUGGGUGGUGUUGAUGGAUGCGCUGGAGCCGUUUAAAACAGCUGGGAUUGAGUCGGAGACGGAGGUUUUGCCGUAUUUGCAGGAGAAGGACAGGAAGUCGCGGUAUGCGAUUGAUCUGAAGUUUAGUCUGACUCCAGCUGGAGAGGGACAAGAUAGGACCACACUGACCAAGACGUCGGCGAAGGAGUUACUGUUCUCGUUCCCGCAGAUGUUGGCGCAUCAUACUGUGGGAGGCUGUCCGAUGAAGACGGGAGAUUUGAUGGGGAGUGGGACGAUUAGUGGCACGGAGAGAGGGGAGUUUGGAAGUUUGUUGGAGUUGACGGAGGGUGGGAAGAGGGAGGUUGAGUUGAAUGGUGGGCAGAAGAGGAGGUUCUUGGAGGAUGGAGAUGUCGCUGUGUUGGAGGGAGUUUGUGGGGAGGAGGGAGGGUUGGUUGGAUUUGGUGAGUGUGUAGGGAGGAUUGAGAGGGCGGUGGAGAUGAAGUUCUAG